UAGAAAGUUUGAAAUACAUGGUAUGUGAUUAGCCAGGGGGUUCCAGCCUUGUUUAUUAGGGUGAACUUGUAAGUUUAGGCUAGUGUAAUGUUUACUAAACUGUUAUUACUUUGAGAAACCUAUACUUGACAAGUAUUAAACAGCAUGUGGUAGAACCGCUUUGAAAAGAUGAAACAUUCUGAAUUAUGAUAUUUUAGGUGAAAAUGUCAUGUUUCUUUAUAAUAUCUUUGAGUUUUAAGAGUAUGGAAUACAGCAUUAGUUAUUACAGAAAAGAAAAAAAAAGCUUAAAAACAGACCAGACAUGGUAGAUAGGAAUGAUAAGUGGUGAGGUAAAAUAAUGGGGAAUAGGUUAAAGGAAAAAUGAUUGAAAAGGGGUAUAUCAAAGUAACUGUUGUGAUUGAGAGGUUUUAAAUUAAUAGAAAAGGGAUAAUGAUUGGGAAAGGGGAAGUCUAUAGUAACUGUUGAAGGAAUUGAGGAAGGUACCAAAUAAUAGGUAAAGGGAUGAAAAGAUGGAAACUUUGAUUAAUCAAUAGAAAAAGGAUUGAAAGCACAGAGUUCUAAAGGAGUGAAAGGACUGAGAUAGUUUCGGAGGGUGGAAAAAGGGAUACAAGAUUCUGAGAAAAAGUAAGAUUGUUAUGUAGAAAGUGUUAAAAGAUUGGAAAAGGGGUGAAAGGAGAGAAGAUUUAUAGAGCAGUGAAAGGAUAGGCAAUAUUGCUAAAAGGAAAUAUUGCUUGAGGAGAAAUGAGGAGAAGUGGUGUUGGAGGCAGUCUCAGGAUUGAGAUUGAACUAGUUUUGAGACAAAACUCAGACAGCACAUUGCUACUGUCUUACAGUUUCUCUGUAGUAAAGGUGUAGUUAAGUUAAGCUUUCAGUAGUGGUUGUGAAUUUGUGAUAUAGACAGUGCAUGGGGAGAAAAAUUAACAUCUGGUAUCAGUUUUUGAAUUUAAAUGGAAUUUAGUUGCUGAAAAUGAGUGAGGUUUAUAUCCAAUAGAUUGAAAAGUACUGUCUUUUGGCUGACUGAAGUUGUCUCCCUUUCUACCACUUGCAGAGUUAACUCUCUUCUGUGACCUACAGAGUUGUCUUUCUUUGGGAACUACUUUGAAUUGUCUCCCUUUGGUAACCAGGCAGUGGAUUAGUUUCCUCUUAAAAUCUGAAGGGACAGGAAAGAUCAGUUACUAAACAAAUUUAACCUUAGAACUUUCAUGCACGUUUACCUAUCUUACAUAUUCUCAAAAGUUGUGGAUUGAUUUUACCAGAAAAAUAUAAACAGUUAUUAGAAAAAAGAAAGCUCUUCAGAUCUUCACAAUGGAAACAAACGGCGGAAAUGAAAACGGAGCUCCCUCUAAUUACUUACAACUUUAUGUAAAAGCAGGCGAGAAUAUGCGUAAUUAUGGGGCAUGCCCAUUUUGUCAGAUGGUGUACAUGAUAAUGGAUUUAAAGGCACGGGAAGGGGAAUUAACUUACGAUGUUGUUACAAUUAGUAUGUCCAGACCACCAUUGGAUUUCAAAAAGCUUGCAAACAGAUUACCAGUGUUGAAACAUGGUGACGAAAUCCUUUCUGACAAUGAUGAAAUUGUUCAGUACUUGGACAAGAAUUUCCCACACCCUGAUUUGAGGUAUGAUAACGAGGAAGCCAAUGCCGUUUGCCUGAACUUUUUUUCCAAGUUUUCGUUCUAUAUCAAGCAAGUAAAAAAUAGUCCAGAGAAUCUUCUGAAAGAGCUUGCUGCUAUUAAUGCAUUUCUGGAAAGAUCGGGAACUCGGUACUUGUGCGGUGAUACAAUUUCAAACCUGGAUUGCCUAGUAUUGCCAAAGUUGCAGCAUAUUCGUGUAGCUUGUAAAGCACUGAAGGAUUUUGACAUUCCUGCAAGCAUGAAAGCCCUGUGGAAAUACAUUGGCCAGGCUUACGAAAGUACCACCUUCAGGAAAACAUGCCCAUCUGAUCAAGAAAUUGUAUACCACUGGAGUCAGAAGGCGGAAACGCCGCACCUCAGUGAUGAGAAGAUGAAAGAAUAUUCGACUGACAAGGAACCCAAGUUUUCUGUGACAAUACCCGAUCUGGAGUAGAUACAGUGUCAAUGGUUUUUGCUUCAUGUAAACAUUUUGACCAUUUUUGAUACGCAAAAUAUGUAUGUGUGAUAUCGUAUGUGCCGAAAAUGUAGUCAUUUGCACAGAUGUAGUUACUGUUUUAUAUCCAACUAAAGAGUUUACCAGUUAACCAGUUAAUCAGUUAAUCAUUCUGAUGGAAAUCAUCUUGUGUACUUUGUCAGAUUGCCAGGUAAUUUGAAUUUCUGAGGAGUUGAUUAUCUGGGUGAAAUAUGACAGACAGAUAUAGCAAAAAAACAAACAAACACAAUUUGUGACUUCUCUAGUCCAAAAGGAAGCAGUUUUCAUCAAGUUUCAGACCUUCUGGCACGCGGAAGAUAAUGAGUUUCAAGUGUUGCAAAGUUUCAUUUGUUAAAUUUUCUUUUGGAUCCUGCGAAAGUGGGUUGUCUUGAGAAGUUCUUCAACGAAGAUUUGACUGUAAAAAAAUCAAUUCUGUUUCAUCUCCUAAGUUACCUCACCAGCAGACUAAGAACAUGAAGGAAAACAUUUUUGUUCAGGAAGUUUGUACAUGUUUACGCUUUUGAAUUUUUCAAGAGCUUGUUUUUAGAUUACAAAGUUUGUUUAUGAUAAUUGAAAUUAAAAGAUGGAUUGGAUAGCUUUGAGACAUAGAUAAGGCACUUGUUUUUAACACAGAUGUAUAUAUUUAUGAACAAACAUUUGUAUCUAUUCUUAGAGGCUUAAAUAUUUUGUGUAUAUGUUUGUAGGCCUUGUAUAGGGUGUGUUAGCCUGUGUUUUUGAACAAAUUGCCUUCUAGUUUAGUCCUGGAAUGUAGACAAGAAACUGGUGCACUAAAUUUUUUCCUCAUCAGCACUGUAAAAGUUUUUUUUUUUUAAAGAAAAAGUUGUUCUCAAUAAAAUUACAAACUUUAACAGUGGAUGUAAUUAAAGAUUUUAUAGCGGUAAUCCUCCAUAUGCAUAUCUCAGUUACCAAAAUUUGGUACAGUAACUGUUUAUGCUGAGUUCCAUUCAGAUUUAUUUGUAGACCUGCAACAUAAUGUAUUUCCACUACAAUGUAGGGAUUUAAAAGAGGAACUUAAAAGUAUUUUUAAACAACUUUUGAUAAAUUCAUAUUUCCAUUGGUACCGAUAGCAGGAAAGUUUUGUAUACAUUUCUAGGUCACAAAGUCCUAAAUUUUGAAAUAUGGACCUGUGAAAGCCUUUCUUCAUCAGGGUUAGGUGAUCAGAGACAAGUUAUAAGUUUUGUGGAACACAUCCUGUUAGCAAUUAUGUUCAUUUCUGUCCUUUACAUCAUAUAGGUCAUGCACAUACAUGAUGAAGUGAUGUUUUACAUGUAUUUUAUAUACUUCAAAUGUGAAAAACAUGUUAUUUUAUGUUGUUGAAGAAGCCUGUGUCUUAGUCAUGAUAUACAUUCAUCACAAUGAAAUGCUCUAUUAAACUGAACAAAAAAAUCUAAAAUAACAGAUUAAGUUAUUCAGUUUUGCGUAUUAUAAUUUAAUUUUAUUUAGACAUCAUUAAUGUAAUAUGUCAGUCAGUUCACUAAAUUUGGUAGAGAUUUUGAAGGUUUAAGUAAAUUUCUUACCAUUCACUUCUGUUUGUGAAGUCCAUUCAAAGGAGAACAUUUUGCUGAUAAAAUAUUAACAAACUAUGAAAACGGGUAUAUUUUAAGACCUUGGUGGAUAUUAACAUUUAAAAAUUUGAUAUUAGAAAUGUGAUAUUUGUACUUCUUUUGCAAAAAUGCCUGUUUUUCCAUCCAUUAUAAAAAACAAUUUCUGUUCCAUCUUCUGGGGCAUUGUAUUUUAUUGUGUGUCUGUUGAUUGUUAUUUUAAGGAAUAUUCAUCUUUUUCCUAGCAUUUCAGUAUAAUGCAUUUGAGAUCUGUUGAAGCAAUCUGUGAAUUGUUCCAUUAAAAAAAGAACUCGGGCCUGGUAAGCUCAGCUAGUAGAGUACAAGAUGUAUGAAUAGAAUAGAAUGGUGGGGAGUUCACUCUAUUCUCCGUAACAGUUUGACAUAAGGGAUCGUGUCUGAAGUAAUUUAUCUUUCACCUCUGAUUCAUGUGAGGAAGUUGACAGCAACUUGUGGAGAACAAGUUGGUUCCCCAAAUUCUGGUUAGAUUAAUUGACCACCAAUUUAUAAGGAAAAUAUCGUUGGAAGAACAGGCAUAAACCGUUAGACCAGUAAAAUAACAAACAAACUACAAAGUGUUGAUAGUUUACAGGAUAUGUUAAGUGCUCUUUGUGAUAGUGAUUGCUUAUAUACAUACUAUGGCAACAUGUUGUACCAAAUGUUUGUUGUUUUGCCAGGAAUUUUGCUAUUUUCUCUGUGUAUUCUAAUUGCAUAUGACAGAUGAAUAUUAAUUUGGAUAAAUAACUGUUGUUAGUGUAUUAGUGUCAACAAAAUGUAUUGUUAAUGUGUGAAUUUAUACAGUCUAACAUGCCUGUAUGUUGAUAAAUACCUGAAGUUGAGGUGAAAGUCCCUUUAAUAUUAUGUAUAUCCAUUGUUUUUGCUUUCUUUUGCACGUGAAAAAGUCUUGCUUUCUUUUUCCACUGCAAUUAUUUGUAGUCUUGAAGUACAUUUUCAGUAUAUAUAUGAGCAGUGAUGUGAAAUAAGUUACAAAUGUUGUUGUUUAUCACUGAACCAUUACAUGUGAUAUUGUAUUUACACAAAGUAACAUUAGAUAUAACUGCAUUGCAUGUAGAUUUAACUUGUAACUUCAUGAUACCAUUCAUAGCUUUAUGAAACACAUGUUACACUGUCAGUGCUUGUAACUGUAACUUGUAACUUCAUAUACCAUUUAUAGCAGAAUGAAACACAUGUUACACUAUCAGUGCUUGUAACUGUAACUUGUAACUUCAUGGUACCAUUCAUAGCUGUAUGAAACACAUGUUACACUAUCAUUACUUAUAACUGUAACUUGUAACUUCAUGAUACCAUUCAUGGCAGUAUGAAACACAUGUUAACACUAAAGCUUUAUUGAUUAAUUGCAGUAUCUGUGUAUGUAACUGUAACGUGUUACAUAAUAACAUUUAUGCUAUAUAAUACCAGGUGUUCAUAUUCCAUAUUAAAGGUAAUGUAUCAUACACCUACUGUUUGAUUCAUAUCUAUUCCGUAACAGCUGUUUUCAGCUGUUUCUUUUAAUAUUGGGCUUCCGAAAUUCAAAAGGUGGAAGUAGGAAUAUUUUAGUUUUUCAAAAUACAUUGAUUGAUUUGAGAUUUUCACCCCAAAUCCAUUUUGAUAGAGCUGCUACCCAUUGCAAAUUUCAGAAUGAAAAUUAAAAAAAACAAUAGUUUUGAUUGCAUUUGUCAACUGAUUCUUAUGAAACUUUCUGGAUAAUUUAGUUUAUGUUUUUUAAUAGAUUUUGAAAACAAAAUCAGCUUUUUAAAAUAUGUUGAGUAGCUAAAAGUUGUUUUCCAGACAUAGAAUCGAGAUAAUGACAAAGAUCUCUUAAAUAUUUUUCUACCAUUUCCAGGAAACCUUUGAUGUAUAUUUGUUAUGUUCUUGGUAUAUUAAGAGAAAAUUUCCUGAAGAAAAUAUUCUGUUAGUGAAUUAAACAGAAGAAAUUAACACAGUAGGAUUAUGGACAGCAUUUGAACAUGUCUUUUGCUAGAACAGUAAAUUGUCGUUUUUAAUUCUAACCUAAAAUUGUCACAAAAAUACUAUACAGCAAUCUCUUGUUCUGAAUUUUUAGUGAUGGAAGCCUAGAAUUGUUCAGUAUCCAACUUUUGUAUGCAGACAAACCUGUUUUAAGCAGUCAGUAAGGGGAAUGGCCAUGAUAGAAAGGUUGUUACCUCUAUACAGGUGAAUUUGCUUGGAAAGUAUAGAAAUGUGAAAUAGCAAAUAUGACUGCUUAAGACAAGUGGCUGCUUAGAAGAGGUGACUGCUUACACAGGUUGGACUGUAGUCUUGUUCCACUUUACAUGUCUGUACUUGGCCAAGAUGGAAAGUAGUGCUUGUAUUAAAGUGAAAUAUUAUUUA